AUGCACCUAUUUUGGGGACGGCCCUUCAAAGGCAUCGUUACGGCGCUACUGUUUUCCAGUUUAACAUGCGCCAUCGAUUGGGACAUCAGUGAUGAACAAUCCCUCAAAGAUGCCGCGAGUACCUCGACUUACGCAAUGAUGAAAUAUUACUACGGCAACGAAACAGGUCAAAUUCCUGGAGCUUUCCCUGAUAAAUGGUGGGAAGGUUCGGCUCUUUUCCUUGCGCUAUUGGAAUACUGGCAUUCUACGGGUGAUACAACAUACAACGAAGAGUUAAGCAUUGGAUUGCAGUGGCAAUCAGGCGAUGAUGGUGACUAUAUGCCAAGCAACUAUAGCUCUUAUCUUGGAAAUGACGAUCAAAUGUUCUGGGGCCUCGCAGCUAUGACGGCCGUUGAAUACGCGUUUCCAGAUCGUUCUUCUGGAUUCUCGUGGCUCUCUUUGGCACAGGGUGUCUUUAAUACCCAGAUCAAAAGAUGGGAUACCUCCUCAUGUGGCGGUGGCCUCCGUUGGCAAAUCUGGCCCUACCAGGAUGGGUAUGGAAUGAAGAAUUCGAUUUCUAACGGCGGUCUAUUUCAAUUAUCUGCACGUCUAGCCCGUUACACGGGCGAUGCAAUUUAUCUUACGUGGGCUAACAAGAUCUGGGAUUGGUCUGUCUCAUCGCCUCUGCUUAGCAAUACAACUUGGAAUGUCGCCGAUUCCACCAAUGUUGACAAUGAUUGUGCUACACAAGGAAAUGCCCAAUGGACAUACAAUUAUGGAACUUAUUUGAUGGGCGCGGCAUACAUGUAUAACUAUACCAACGGAACGACUCAAUCCCAAUGGCUGACCGCAGUCAACGGCUUGCUCAACGCAACAUUUGACAACUUCUUCAUCACUGGUGGAAUUAUUGAGGAUUACUAUUGCGAACCUGCGGCCAACUGCAAUGAUAACGAGAUCCUCUUCAAAGGGCUCACUUCAGCAUGGCUCGGAUUGACGGCUCUACUUGUCCCUUCGACCUUUGACAGCAUCAUCGCAAAACUUCAAACCUCGGGGGCGGCUGCUGCGGCGUCCUGUACUGGUCAUAAUAAUGGCACUUGUGGUGUCCGAUGGUAUAAGUCUACAUAUGAUGGCUGGAUAGGAAUGGAAGAAGAGAUCAGUGCGACAAACGUUUUUACUGCCAAUUUGAUCAACUUCAACAAAACCGCACCUGUGACUUCGACUACUGGAGGAAACAGUACCAGCAACCCAACCGCAGGUGAGGAUGAUAGUGAUGCCGAAAGCGCAAAGACGACCACAAUCACAACUGGGGACAAGGCAGGAGCUGGAAUCUUGACUGCUGUCUUCCUGGCUGGCUGGAUUGGAUUGAUGGCAUUCAUGGUACUUGGAGGUUGA